UUUUCUCUCAUCUGAAGAGGAGAAGUGUGGGAGAUAUAAAUCCAUUGUGGGAUUUUUAUGCAUUUUAUAUGUUUUCCCUCUGGUGGCUUUGCUGGCUACUCUGAAAGAUCCAGUGGGAGCUGCAGCUCAGAAACCUCAGACGCCAUAUCGCCUGGCCUUCGGGGAGUGAUUGCCCCAGCUCUCCCACACCUACCCCAUACACGGAGAAAACGAUACACGCUUACACCAGGGCAGCUGAAGUGGGACCAUUUCAACCUGACGUACAGAAUCGUGUCCUUCCCGAGAAAUCUCAUUAAUGAGAGUGUCACACGGAAGGGGUUGGCAGCUGCUUUCCGAAUGUGGAGCAACGUUUCACCAUUCAACUUCAAGGAGGUGCCAGCCAACUCAGCUAGUGACCUGAAAAUAGGCUUCUAUUCCAUAAACCAUACUGAUUGCCUGGAGUCACUCAUCCAUCAUUGUUUUGAUGGGACGACAGGGGAGCUUGCCCAUGCUUUCUUCCCGAAAAAUGGGGAAAUCCAUUUUGAUGACCAUGAAUAUUGGAUAUUGGGAAACACUCGGUUCAGCUGGAAAAAGGGUGUUUGGCUUACAGACCUGGUACACGUAGCAGCUCAUGAAAUUGGACAUGCCCUGGGACUCAUGCACUCCCUGAACUCUAAUGCCCUGAUGCACAUCAAUGCCACUUUAACUGGGAAAAAGACCAUCUCCCAGGAUGACGUCUGGGGGAUUCACAGACUCUACGGCUGCACAGACAGACUAUUCGUAUGUCCAUCAUGGGCUCGGAAGGGUUUCUGUGAGACUCGUAGGAAGUUGAUGAAAAAGCACUGUCCGUCCAGCUGUGAUUUCUGCUACGAAUUCCCUUUUCCAACUGUAGCGCCAACUCCUCCUCCACUCAGGACGAAAACCAAGAUCGUUCCUGAAGGCAGAAAUGUCACCUUUCGCUGUGGACAGAAGAUUAUUCAUAAAAAAGGCAAAGUUUACUGGUAUAAAGAUAAGGAGCUUCUGGAAUACUCAUAUCCAGGUUACUUAGCCUUAAAUGAUGACCACAUGAGCAUUAUUGCCAAUGCAAUUAACGAAGGAACCUAUACCUGCAUUGUGAAGAAAAAGCAAAGAAUCCUGACUACCUAUUCCUGGAGGAUUAGGGUUAGGCACUAACAAGGGUCUUGAAUGAGGAUUCAGUUACUGCUAGUUAUGUUUGACGAAAAACCCAUCCUCUUCAGCAUUUUAUGUUUAACCUCCAGCAGAGCAACCCACCAUAGAAAUCAGCUGCUACCAGUGAUUGGGCAAGAAAGUUGGACACUGGGACCUGAUCACUGGAAAAAUUCUCCUCCAAGAGUUUACUAUUAAUGAAUUUAUCAAGCACAUGCUGCUGCAAAAGAGAAAAAAAUCUUGAAGCCAAGAUGACCCAGGUAAUUGUAGAUCAUUUAAAAACUAACCAAUCCUUCACUGUAUUAAUGGAACCUGGAAUUAGAUUAAAAAGGAUUGGUUAAUGUUCCAGGGUUUGUCUUGCUGUCAAGCAUUUCUUUGUAUUUAAAGAACUUUCUAAAAUGCCAAUAUAUAGCAUCAGAGGGGCUUGAAACAAAAGACUGACCCCUGGCUGUAUUCUCCAUGGAUGCUCUUAUUCGAGCACUGAAGGAGUGGGGGAUCUAACUCUAGAAUGAGUUUUUUCAGAAACUCCUUUUUAUAGGGGAAAUUUCCCUGAUUCCAAAUGUUAUAUAACUAAAAUAGCCAAGGAAUGCAUCUUCCCCCCCUGUACAUUUUUCUGUGGUUUGCAUUUAUCACAAUGUGUUGUUUACCUCUGUCUGUAGUCUCCAAGUCUUUAUCAGCUGUCAUUGUUAAUAAAUUACGGAAAUGCU